AUGCCACUGUCCCAAGACGACAUAAACGGCUGCAGGGAAGCGUUUAAUAAGUUCGAUAAAGACGGGAGCGGGACGAUUGAUGCUUCUGAGUUGAAGGCCACAUUAAACGCCAUGGGACAAAGUCCUACGGAGGAGGAGAUUUUUCAGAUGAUUUCUCAGGUUGACGAUGACAACAGUGGGGAGAUCGAGUUCGCGGAGUUCCUCAAAGUUAUCGAAAACCAGAAAGAUUCCGCAGCCAAGGCGAAUGACGAAACGGACACCAUCGAGGCUUUCGUUGCACUUGGAGGAAACGGAGACAAGACAGGUGAAAUCUCAACUGACAAGCUUCGGGCAGUUACCAAGGACUUUGGGCUUACGAUUGAUAUCGAAAAGCUCAUCAGAGAAACUGAUACGGACGGUUCUGGAAAAGUUGACUAUGCGGAAUUCAAAGAAAUGAUGGCUUGAUCUUUCUCCUCGAUUUGUUGGAGGGCACGUGCGACAUCGAUGCAAGCGGGGUUGACCCCUUCAACAUAAGGCAUCUAUGCGGUCGGCGAAAGUGCAGACAAAGAAUACUUGUAUCACCAUGGAAAAAUUACUCUUAGCCGUGUGAUUCAAACAGAUAUAGAGAUAUUAUGUUCAAAA